UCACACACAGAGGGAGAGGAGAAGAGGGACGAGGAGAGCUAUUAAUAUCUGCCUGUCAAAGUGCUGGAGCUGCGUUCGGAGCGGGAGAUACAGUAUGUGAAGUGAUUUAGCCCAUUGAUAAAGCGUGGUGAAGGGGGCUGGUCCAAAGCUCCGCUGACGUCAUUCUGAGGGGAUCUGAAGAUGGCUCCUCAAUGCUCGGCGGCAGCACGGGCCCACACAUGCGUCAACGGCCAGCUGUCAGGAGGCACCAGCACACUGCUGUGAGAGAGAGGGAGGGAAGGACGGAGGAAAAAAGUAAAUAGAAGCUUAGAAAGGGCGGAAGGCACUAGACAUCCUUGAUUGCGGACAAUCAGGUUGACUCUGUUGCUGUCACUUCUGUCUGUCACAGAGACCGACAUAAGAACACGGGAGAGCCAUGGGUUCGUCCACAGAUGAAGAAUUCAAAGAGAAAUUACUGUGGAAUGUGAAACGAGAGGUGAAACAGAUCAUGGAGGAGGCGGUGACUAAGAAGUUUGUCCAUGAAGACAGCAGCCACAUCAUCGGCCUGUGCAGCACCAUCGAGGCCUGUCUGAGCCACCUGUUGAAGCGGCGAGCGGCGGGCUUCCUGCGUAGCGACAAGAUCGCCGCCCUUUUCACCAAGAUCGGCAAGGUCAACGCCACGGCGGGAGAGGUGUGUCAGAAGGUCCAGGAGCAGCUCGCACAGCAGGCAGAGGUCACCAGAACCCAGAGGACCCAGAGUGUGGGUCAGGAGCCCCUGAAGAGGCAGGGGUCGUCGUCUGCAGGUCGCGCCCCCCAGCCCCUCUCCGCUCAGGCCAUCAAGCACAUCUGGGUACGCACCGCCCUCUUCGAGAAGGUCCUGGACAAGAUCGUACAGUACAUUGUGGAUAACUCCAGUAAGUACUAUGAGAGGGAGUCUCUGAUGCAUGAUGCGGUGUUUGGACCCAUCCUGGCAUGUCUACUGGUGGGUCCCUGUGCUCUGGAGUACACUAAGCUGAAGACGUCCGACCACUUCUGGACGGACCCGUCGGCCAACGAGUUGGUCCAGCGCCACCGGAUCCACGGGGCCCACCGGGGCCAGGACGCUUCCCCCAGCAGGAGGCCCGCUCUGGGGAUCCAGAAGAGACAGUCCAGCGUCAGCAUGUCCGAGGAUAAGUUUGCGGCGUCUGCGCGGGAAUACGUGGAAUCUCUUCACCAGAACUCCCGUACUCACCUGCUUUACGGGAAAAACAACGUCCUGGUCCAACCGAAGAAAGAAAUGGAGGUGUUACGGGGGUACCUGUCCCUUCACCAGUCGGGGGACAACCUCACCCUGAAGUGGACCCCUAACCAGCUCAUCAACGGCACCCUGGGCGACUGUGACCUGGAGAAGAGUAUCUACUGGGACUAUGCGUUGACCGUGCCUUUGCGACAGAUCGUGUGCAUUCACUGUCACCAGCGACCUGACUGUGGUGGGACGUUGGUGCUGGUUAAUCAGGAUGGUAUCCAGCGCCCCCCCCUCCACUUCCCUCCCGGCGGCCACCUUUUGGCCUUUCUGUCCUGCCUGGAGACGGGCCUGCUGCCCCGCGGUCAGCUGGAGCCUCCACUCUGGAGCCAGAGAGGCAAGGGUAAGGUGUUUCCUAAGCUAAGGAAGAGGACCAGCACAGUCAGGCUGGUAGAUCAGGAGGGUGAGGACCAGACAGUCAGGCUGGUAGAUCCGGAGAGUGAGGACCAGACAGCAGCUGACUACGUGUUCCGCAUCGUCUACCCUGGACGCCACCACGACUCUACAGUGACUAUAAACUACCACCACACCACGGGCAGCCGUGCUCCCUCGCUGGAUGAUGAUGAAGAGGAGGAGGAGGAUAGACUCCAGGCUAUGAUCUCAAUGAUGUGCUGGCGGAACCUCACAGAUCCUAAUGUCAUGAAAGACCAUGGGGAGAUGAUGGACAUCCAGGGAGCCUAUAUGGGAGGCAGCCCGUCGUCAUGGCAGCAGGGAGCAGAGUGCACCAGUCACAUGUCGUCAUGUCUGCCUUGCUCCGCAGGAGGCAGUAACGUCUCAUUGGAAUACCCAGCAGGCUGCACCUGCAUCCACGACCGGAGCCCUCUGAAGAUGCUGUGCCAGAAUAUGAAACGGCAGAUCGUCUCCAGGGCCUUCUACGGAUGGCUGGCCUACUGUCGACACCUGUCCACGGUCCGUACCCACCUGUCAGCACUGGUCAACCACAACAUUGUCCCUCCGGACAAACCGUGUGAGGCGUCGGGGGGCCUGAGUAAAGACUUGUGGAGCAAGUACCAGAAAGACUGCAAGAACUAUAAGGAGUUGGAGUUGUUGCGGCUGGUGUAUUAUGGAGGUGUACAGCAUGACAUCAGGAAGGAAGUCUGGCCCUUCCUGCUGGGUCACUACAAGUUUGGCAUGGGCAAGAAGGACAUGAGCCAGAUCGAUGAGAAGAUCAGUGCACGGUACCAGCAGGUGAUGAAGGAGUGGAAGGCCUGCGAGGUGGUCGUCAAACAGAGAGAGAAGGAGAUGCAGUCGGCCAUCUUUGCUAAGCUGUCUUCAGGAAGCAGCAUAGACAGCCACGUCCUCCGACUCAUACACAGAGACUCCACUCUCAGCAACGAGGUGUUCAUGUCAGUAGAUGAGCCUGAGGUGGGGGGGCAGGACACCCCAGGGGUUGGCGGAGGAGACACCCCCGGCCACUCUACAGUGGUUCCCCCCUCAGCCGGAGGGGCACUAGUUCCUGAUGAGCGCCCCCUAGUGGAGUUUGACUCCCCUGACUCCGGCCUCCCAUCCUCCAGGAACUACUCUGUCACUUCCGGACACUCUCAGAUUCUCUCCUCCAUCGACGAUGGACAGAGUACGGAGGAGGACGGGGGAGCAGGGGAGGAGGCGCGGACACAAACACACAGUGUGACGGAAGAGAAGGAGCGACAGGAUUCGUUGAGUGAGGAGAGGCUGUGUAGUCAGCUGGAUAAGUUGAUGACCAAUGGGAAUGGAGGAGCGGAGGGGAUGCCUUCACUGUCCUCCUAUACGAUUGAGCUGCUGGACACAGUGGCUCUGAACCUCCACAGGAUAGAUAAGGAUGUCCAGCGCUGUGACCGUAACUACUACUACUUUACCACCGCUAACCUGGAGAAACUACGCAACAUCAUGUGCAGCUAUGUGUGGGAUCACCUGGAGAUGGGUUAUGUCCAGGGGAUGUGUGACCUGCUGGCUCCUCUUAUGGUCAUUCUGGACGAUGAGUGUCUGGCGUACAGCUGUUUCACCCAGCUGAUGAAGAGGAUGAGCCAGAACUUCCCCAACGGUGGAGCCAUGGACACACACUUCACCAACAUGAAGUCCCUCAUACAGAUCCUGGACUCGGAGCUGUUUGAGCUGAUGCAUCAGAAUGGAGACUACACCCACUUCUAUUUCUGUUACCGCUGGUUCCUGCUGGACUUUAAAAGAGAGCUGCUGUACCAGGAUGUGUUCUCAGUAUGGGAGGUGAUCUGGGCGGCCCCUCAUAUCUCCUCUCAGCACUUCGUCUUGUUCCUGGCCCUGGCUCUGGUAGAGGUCUACAGAGAGAUCAUCAGAGACAAUACCAUGGACUUCACUGACAUCAUCAAGUUCUUCAACGAGAUGGCAGAGCGUCAUGACGUGCAGCACAUCCUUCAGAUCGCCAGAGAGCUGGUGCACAAGGUCCAGUCACUCAUCGAGAACAAGUGAUGAGGAGGAGGACGAAGAGAGGAGGAUGAAGAGGGCCAUAGGGAAGAGGAGAGGAAGAGAGGAGCUAGAUGCCAUCACUGCACCCCUCGAUCCACCUGUCCAUCCUCCGCACCUAGCACAGCUUCCUCCCUCUCUUACCCCUCCCAAACCAGGGGAAGAGACAAAGACAUGGGCCCUCCAGCCCUCUCUCCCUCCAGGCCUCUCUCCCUCCAGGCCUCUCUCCCUCCAGCCCUCUAACCCUCCAGGCCUCUCUCCCUCCAGGCCUCUCUCCCUCCAGGCCUCUCUCCCUCCAGGCCUCUCUCCCUCCAGGCCUCUCUCCCUCCAGGCCUCUCUCCCUCCAGGCCUCUCUCCCCCCAGGCCUCUCUCCCCCCAGGCCUCUCUCCCUCCAGGCCUCUAACCCUCCAGGCCUCUCUCCCUCCAGCCCUCUCUCCCUUCAGGCCUCUCUCCCUCCAGGCCUCUAACCCUCCAGGUCUCUCUCCCUCCAGGCCUCUCUCCCUCCAGGCCUCUCUCCCUCCAGGCCUCUCUCCCUCCAGGCCUCUCUCCCUCCAGGCCUCUAACCCUCUAGGCCUCUCUCCCUCCAGGCCUCUAACCCUCAAUCCCUCCAGCCCUCAGCCAGCCAGACCGGUGGAGUAUGAAGGCUCCAGGUGACCAUCCUGGUCUGGAUGCAGGAGAGAACAGUGGAAAGGAGAGUGAUGUUGGCUGGGCCCAGGUUUAGAUCUGGGUCCUAGUUCCUGUUCUGGUCCUAGUCUAGUUCCUGGUCUAGGUCUGGUCCUAGUCUAGUUCCUGGUCUAGGUCUGGUCCUAGUCUAGGUCUGUUCCUAGUCUGGUUCCUGGUCUAGGUCUGUUCCUAGUCUGGUUCCUGGUCUAGGUCUGGUCCUAGUCUGGUUCCUGGUCUAGGUCUGGUCCUAGUCUGGUUCCUGGUCUGGUCCUAGUCUGGUUCCUGGUCUAGGUCUGGUCCUAGUCUAGUUCCUGGUCUAGAUCUGGUCCUAGUCUAGUUCCUGGUCUAGGUCUGGUCCUAGUCUAGUUCCUGGUCUAGGUCUGGACCUAGUCUAGUUCCUGGUCUAGGUCUGGUCCUAGUCUAGUUCCUGGUCUAGGUCUGGUCCUAGUCUAGUUCCUGGUCUGGCCCUAGUCUAGUUCCUGGUCUAGGUUUGGUCCUAGUCUAGUUCCUGGUCUAGGUCUGGACCUAGUCUAGUUCCUGGUCUAGGUCUGGUCCUAGUCUAGUUCCUGGUCUAGGUCUGGCCCUGGUUUGUAGAUGUUGUUUACAAGCAUCCAGAAUGCCUUGGUUAGUUGGUUUGUUGGUUGGUUGGUGUCAGACAUUUGGAGGUGUCUGCAUGCUCGUUAGUUUGAUCACACUGUGACUUCCCUCAUCUUAUCAUUCUCCACUAAACUCCACCCCCUGACCUCUCCAUCACAGAGACCAGAGACCCCCUGACCUCUCCACCACAGAGACCCCCUGACCUAUCCACCACAGAGACCAGAGACCCCCUGACCUCUCCAUCACAGAGACCAGAGACCUACUGACCUCUCCACCACAGAGACCAGAGACCCCCUGACCUCUCCAUCACAGAGACCCCCUGACCUCUCCACCACAGAGACCAGAGACCCCCUGACCUCUCCAUCACAGAGACCCCUGACCUUUCCACCACAGAGACCAGAGACCCCCUAACCUCUCCAUCACAGAGACCAGAGACCCCCUGACCUCUCCAUCACAGAGACCCCUGACCUUUCCACCACAGAGACCAGAGACCCCCUGACCUCUCCAUCACAGAGACCAGAGACCCCUGACCUCUCCACCACAGAGACCAGAGACCCCUGACCUCUCCACCACAGAGACCAGAGACCCCCUGACCUCUCCACCACAGAGAGUCAGAGACCCCCUGACCUCUCCAUCACAGAGACCAGAGACCCCCUAACCUCUCCAUCACAGAGACCUCUGACCUCUCCAUCACAGAGACCAGAGACCCCCUGACCUCUCCACCACAGAGACCAGAGACCCCCUAACCUCUCCAUCACAGAAACCCAGAGUAUUUGUUACCAAUCAGAGAUUGAGAUUCCUCUCAGUGUUGAUUCGGACGAUGGGCUAAUUGCGACAUGUGAUAUAUGUGUGACUUCAUCAAGUAUGACUUUGCUUUAGUGACACAACUUUAGAGUGUGAAUGACCAAGUAAGCCAGUAGCACAGAGACUGGGUACAGUACAGUGUUUAAUACCAGGGUGCUCAGUGCACUACCAGUAUAGGCCUCUAGAGGGCCCUAGCCACUCACACAGGCUAUUAUGGAUUCCCCUUACAGAGGAGCAGAAGAGUUAAGAAGCCACGAAGAAGAAGCCUUCGUCUGUGACCAAAUUGACUGUGCCAACUUUCAGACCUUUUCAUUAAGUAUUUAUAUAACUAUACACACAUCAGCCUUGAAACUUUGUCUUGUGGUCCUGUUUUGAUUGGUUAAUAACCCUCUCUUCCCCUAGAAUGUUCCUCUCCCUAUAACCUUGCUUUAUGGUUCGUUAUUUUCUUAAAUUCCUCAGAUGUUGCCUUUAUUAUAUACCAGUGUACUGUAUAUUCCAGCCUGAUCCACUUUGUUGUGAGUGUUGCCCUUGUUGGUUCAGUACCCAUCAAUGCCCCCCCCCCACUUCCCCCCCAGUAGGGGCCAACACAGCUCUCCUUCGGGGGGGGGGG